AUGGAAUUUAUGAACAUUGUCGCGGAACUUCAGGCCGUCCCAACCGAAGUCCAUAUCCUCUGCCCGCGGCAACAUGACGACGAUUACGGAAGGUAUGAAGACGAAAGCGAGCCGAACGACUCAGGCAAAAGUGUUACAGACCUGGUAGUGGAGGCGAAGACCCGCAGAGAAAAGUUUCUCUCUUGCAUGCGCAUCCUAGCGUACAGCGAGGAAGAAGUCGAGGAUAUUCAAAAAUGGAUCUGGCGGAAAAUCGAUGAUACACUGGAAAAAUGUGACCUUUGCAUCAAGCAUUAUUACAUGGGGAAGAUAUGGCUUGUCGAACACCUCAAGGAAAACUACGACGAUGAGGACAUUGAGAAGUUCUCGCGAAUGCUGGACGAGUGGGACAUCAAACGAAUAACAAGGAAUCUCGCGACGGCCACAGUGAAAUUAAAAGAAGUGCCCCCGGAGCAGAUUGGAUUACACGUGCUGGACAGAGCCUCGCUGCUAUCAAUCUUUGAGACGCUGAGCUGUGAAGCUAUGCUGCGAAGUGAUAGCUUGCUGACGGAGCAUUUUGACGAGCCUUUCAGGCUAAUCCAGACAAAGCGCACUCUGAAGGUCUCCGAUUACAUCCCUGCUGUUAUCCGCUUCCUUUUUGAUUCCAACCAGAAUCGCAGUUUCUGGGCUAUUCAUUCUUGGAUGCGAUAUCAACGGCCCCCAACCACAGCGGAAUUUGACUGGGCAAUCAAAGAGGGGCUGCUUGAUGCUUUACGGACAGCAUCACAGCAACCAACGCAGCUUGCUAUAAUCCAACGUCUUUGGCGCGGCAUGCAGCUCGUUGUCAAGCGAUUAGAUAAGGAGCAAGUGACGCACAACCUAAGGGCCCUAGAGAUAGACCCUUGUCGUCUCUCUGUUGAGCAUCUCGCAAUACAGUCACCAGGCUUACGUUUCACGUUGAAUACUAUCCAAAUCUUUCUCGAGAAGGCUCCAGGUGAUUUCUGGGAUGCGAUGCAAACAAUAUCUCCCCAGGCUAUUGUUGAGCUUGUCUUCUAUAAUCCCCAGCUUGAUGCAUUCCUAAUGCAGGCCACCGAGGGCGAGCCUUAUGAAAAGUCUGCAAUGAAGGACAUGCUAUCCUGGGUUGGCCCAUUUAUGUUAUCCUUGAAAGGAGCCCAUCAGCCCACCGCCUGCAGGUCUCUUGUAUAUCAACUUAUUGACAGACUACAGGAUGCCCGCUUUCCAAACUUGGCAAGAUAUCACUGCUUUCAUGUUGGCUUGGUUAGCUUACUCCAGACACUUCGCAGUUUCACGGACCAUGAAUCAUCACGAGGCUCGGUUGGCCGUGUUGUUUUAUCAGAAACUCUUGGUGUUCUAACAAAGUAUAUUAGAACACUUCUCAACCCUCCACAGUUCGCCGUGGAAGAAGGCCGGCAACACGAUAUCAAGUCCCUCUGCAUGGACGUUAUUCGGAACACAUUAGCUCUCGAAUGCCAGUCAUUGAAAAGUGAUUACGAGGUUAUCCUAAAGCAUAACUCCCUUCAACAUGGUGUGAGCACUUACUCCUCUGCCAUAUGGGAUGCGGUUAUCUUACAUCUCCAUGAAGACAACUUGGGUCUCUCGAAAUCAGCUUUGCUUGGUAUUUUACCCCUAGUUGGUUUAGAGAAGUUUCCUACAAGAGGUGGAGCAAGCCCAGAAAAAACACAUUUCAACACUAUCUAUGGCCACCUCACUCACAUUUCCUGCCAAAUUAUCGAAAGACUUGCAGAUUUCAAACCGGAACACCUUGAUGCCCUUUUUAAGAGUCAGGAUACUGGUAGCGCCCUAAUAUCUGCUCUUUUCGCGGCCGAUCAUAACACCUACCAGGCUGCUGUGGAUCUUAUAAAGAAUGUCAGCGGCCAGUCUGCGCGGAGAGAUGCAAUUUCUCACCUGCUUCAAUCGUUCUUUACUACAACGAUGUAUGGGCUUAGCUGGUCAUUCCGACGAAUUUCAAACAUGAAGACCUUCGCUUCAGCACCAAGGAUGAUUCACACUGGAACGGACAUUGUUGAUAUCCUCUGUGAUAGCCAGACCGGGAUGCUAAGGACUCGCAAACUCGCUGAUCGCAAGGAGGCCCUCUCCCUCCAAAGACUCUGGGAAUUUCUCUGGCAAGCCUUGACAACAAUAUUUGACCAAACUGAAUCCUGGCAUCAACGAGGAAAUGAUAAAUCAGUAAUGUUGGAGUUUUGCCGUGACAGUAUCCAAUUCGCCGACCUCCUGUUCAGUCAGUAUGGAGUCUUCCUAAGUGCCGUUGUUGAUGCAGAUCCCACACAAGAAGCUGCUGCUCGUGAAAACUUCAUCAAAUCCCCAACAUCAACGAUGAGCGGGAUGGUCAAGUGGUUAAGGCUCAAGGACGAAUAUCUAGCAACAACACUGGUUGGACUUGUUUCCAGAAUUCUUCGGCGUCUAGGCGAACUCAGCGUCACAACUGUGAAAGACGACGCUCUAAGCACGAUUGAGGGUGUGGCUGUAAAGUCCACCAUCAAGACAAUCCUUACUCCGCGGGAAAAAGCUGAACUUGUGAGAGCAUUAGAGGCUUAUUAUAAGAAACCAGUUGUAACUGCGUCCACCGCCAGUCUCAAGAAGCAGAGCACAAUUACCGCGUUUACUAAACCAGUCGAGUCUUCGGUUUCGCCCAGCCCUUCAAGGGCUACAGACGAGUUUGAGGAAAGCGACGUUGCGGAUGAUGUCUUGUUACAACUUUCGCGGUCUGUUGAGUUGAACAAGGAGAGAAUCGCGGCAAUCGAUGCAAAGAAACGGGCUGACAGGCCUGUGUCCAAGGCGCUUCCUUCAAUUCCCAAGCCAACUCCAGCACCAUUGAAACCAAAUUUCUCUGUCCAGUCCUUCCGAGAAAGACGUGAAAAGGAGAAGGAGGCCAAAAAGAAGCGUGAUCUGGCUGAGCUGGCGCGCUUGAAAAGGGGCGCUCCAGCCCUCGGCGUUGCCGAGCAAACUGCACAGCAAGGUUCAGCGAUCCUUGGACUUGGGGUAAAGGGCAAAGAUCACUCCCCCGCUGAUAGCAUGAUGGUCUCAUCUGGUUCCGAGUCAGAAUCCGAAAGUGAAGACGAGCUUGACAGGGAGCUUUUUGGCUCUCGAGGAACUUCAAAACCAGACGCCGUGAAGGCUUAUGAGGACAGCAAGAAGAAGUCCCUAAAGAUCCAGGGCCCUGUCAAGAAGAUCAAGCAGGUGCGGUCCGCGAAAGAUAUGCGGGCCAGGUUAGCUCCGGAUCUAUCAACAUUACAUCGGACUAUUCUUGCUUGGGAUUUCUUUGCAGGUGGUGACCUGCCUCCCAACUCAGGCCGUACUGAUUAUAGCCUGGUCUCCAACGCCUUUAGGGAUCCUAUCGAGUACCAGAGGACAUUCGAGCCUCUCCUUAUUCUUGAGGCCUGGCAGGGCUUCCAGUCUGCGAAAGAAGAAGGCUCGUUCAGAACCUUUGAGAUCAAGGUCGCAACGCGUCUGUCUGUGGAUUCGUUCAUCGAAGUGAGCACUGUGUUACCAGGUUCUGAAGUCAAAGACCUAGGUAUCGGCGAGGCAGACAUAGUGCUACUUUCGAAGGCAAAUUCCCCUGCCACAAAUUCGUCGGCACCUCACUGCCUCGCCCGAGUUGCUAGCAUCAACAGGAAGAAGGGCAACGUCGAGAUAUCAUACAGGGUAAACCCCGGCAGUGCCUUCAUCAAUUCGCUCUCUCCUGGUACAACCAUCUGGGGAGCAAAGAUCACAUCUUUAACUCCUUUAGAGCGUGAAUUCGGUGCUCUCAUGGCUCUUCAGUACUAUGAUCUCUGCGAAGAAAUCAUCAAAGCCAAACCAUCCCCAAUCCUCAAUUACUCAGACGCCAGCCUCAAGCCUAUCGCGGAUAAUUACAAUGUGAAUCCCGCCCAAGCAAAGGCCAUCAAGUCUGCCAUGGACAACGAUGCUUUCACCCUAAUCCAGGGUCCUCCUGGAUCUGGAAAGACGAAAACAAUCGUUGCACUUGUGGGUGCGCUCCUGACCAACUCCCUUGGCGCAGACCAAGGAGUCUCGAUCACACGCCCAACCGCCGGAGGGCGGCCACCAGCAAGGGCUACGACUUCAAAAAAGCUUCUUGUAUGUGCGCCAAGUAACGCUGCUGUCGAUGAAUUGGUUAUGCGAUUCAAGGAGGGCGUGAGGACGAUACACGGCCGCAACGAGAAAUUAUCAGUCAUUCGUUUGGGAAGAUCUGAUGCCAUCAACACGAAUGUCCUGGAUGUGACUUUGGAUGAGCUUGUGAAUGCUAGACUAAGCGGAUCUUCACGCAAGGAGGGCGAAGUAGAUUUACAGAAGAUCUACAUGGAACACAAGGCGGCCGAUACUGCGUUCAAGGAGACCCGAUCCAAAAUGGAUCAAUGCAGGGCACAAGGGCUCCCAGUGCCGCAAGAGCUUGAGCGAGAGUUUGAUCUACUUAAAAAGACGAAGACGCAAUUGAGUCAGCAGAUUGACAACGCAAGAGACAAAAAUCACUCCGCUGCUCGUGAUGCGGACUUGAAUCGACGACGCAUUCAACAGGAGAUUAUCAACGGAGCUCAUGUUAUCUGCGCUACCCUUAGUGGCAGUGGACACGAGAUGUUCCAGAACCUCAGCAUCGAGUUCGAGACCGUUGUCAUUGACGAGGCAGCUCAGUCAAUCGAGUUGAGCGCCCUGAUUCCUCUCAAAUAUGGCUGCUCCAAGUGUAUCCUCGUUGGGGAUCCCAAGCAGUUGCCUCCUACUGUCCUCUCGAAAGUCGCCUCCAAGUAUCAAUACGAGCAGAGUCUGUUCGUCCGGAUGCAAGCAAACCACCCAAGAGACGUCCAUCUGCUUGAUAUCCAGUAUCGUAUGCACCCGGAAAUCAGCAUGUUCCCUCGAACAGCGUUCUAUGAUGGCAGACUACAGGAUGGUCCUGACAUGGUUAAGCUCCGUACUCGCCCUUGGCACAACAGCGAACUCCUCAGCCCAUAUCGGUUCUUCGAUGUUCAAGGUAUGAGCCAAAGCUCCGCCCGCCAUUCCUUAGUAAACAUAGCGGAACUGGAAGUUGCGAUGCAGCUCUACGAGCGCCUCCUCACGGAUUUCCGGGAAUACGACUUCAGCCGCAAGAUUGGUAUCAUUACGCCGUACAAGGGUCAGCUGCGAGAAUUGAAGAGUCGAUUUGCUAGCAAAUAUGGAAACGCCAUUUUCAACAUGAUCGACUUUAACACCACGGACGCUUUCCAGGGUAGAGAAAGCGAAGUUAUCAUCUUCUCUUGCGUCAGAGCAUCCAACAGAGGCAUAGGUUUCUUGUCAGAUAUCCGGCGCAUGAACGUUGGUCUGACCCGUGCCAAAUCCUCGCUAUGGGUUCUCGGUAAUUCACAAUCUCUAGUCCAGGGAGAAUUCUGGAAUGGUCUAAUAAAGGAUGCUCGCCGGAGAAACGUGUAUACUGAUGGUGAAAUUCUCAAAAUCCUUCGAAAGCCUCAAUUCACUGGUUAUAAGAAUGUGGAGAUGGCAGAUGCUGACGCGCCGGAGCCCCCGAUGCCAUCAAGAUCUGCAUCCGCGUCAGCCACAUCUGUUCCUCGACCGUCCUCGGCAUCUACUGCUACCCUGCUGUCUGAAUCUUCUCUUCCAGCAAGUGCGUCUGGAAAUGAGGCACAGCUUGGACAACAAACCCUACCCAGUGGCCCGUCAGGCGGACCCAAUGGCUUGGACGACAGGCGCAAUUGCGGGAUUUGCGGAAGCUUCGCCCAUAUGACGCACAAUUGUGAUAACGAGGAGUCGAAAGAGAUGGCGCGAGGCACUUGUUUUAGGUGUGGGGAGGCAGGGCAUACAAAGUUCAACUGCAAUGCAGAACGCUGCACGGAGUGUGGACAAACUGGGCACGUUGCGAACAGUUGCCAGUCUACAACGGUCUUGUCAAAGCAGGAAAAGAAACAAAUUGCGCGCCAGGAACUCAUGCACUCCCGAAACAUGAAGGAGCGAGCAGAAAAGCAGCGGCAAAGGCAGCUAGGUGGUCAUGAUCCAAAAGUGCCGGUUAUCCAAGUCAGCACGGAUACACCCAAGGGUGAAAAGCAUGACGGUCCUGGCAAGCGCAAGCGCACCGACUCUCCUGCGUCCGACGGCUCCAAGGCUUCAAGACCGCGCACUUCCGAUCAGAACAUGCCACCGGCCCCAAAGAAUGCACCAACCGGGCCGAAGAAUCAACGGCGUAAGAUUGAUGCCAAUGUCCCGCCGCCAAGCUCCGAGAACCUGGUGAAACCCUCGCGCGAUGGGCCAGCGUACGCUCCGAUAAACAGCAAUAAUAAAACCAUGGGCGGGCCGCAGGGAAGCUCAGGUCGAGCAAAUCCUCAUCGCCCACCGAACCGACCAGGCAAUGGCCCCCGGCCGCCGCCGCCGAUACGGAAAAAGAAAGACGCCGAUCCCUUCAUUCGUCCAAAGCGCCGAUAG